UUCCCGUUCCUCCCCCUCCACACCCCUCCAUCUCCCCCGGUUCCAGUGACGGCGGGGGCGAGGCUGCCCCGCGGGUGACCCGCCCGGCGGGCGCGCCCCCACCGCAUCACGGGAGGGGGCAGCGCGGCCGCUCGCUCUGCCCCGGCGCCCGCCUGCCUCCCUCCUCUCGCCGCCUCGCUGCAGCCCGGGCUCUGCUGAGUCAAAGCGCGGAUCAGGUUCCCUGCCUCCAGUAUAAAAAUCUCGGCGAGAAAUCUCCUGCUGGAAAGAGAGACGGGGCGCGGGAGGAGCGGAGCUUGAGGCAGCGACCGGCGAGACCGUCUGUGGGGAAGCGAAGGGACGCGCUGCGGUGGCACCGCGGCAGCCGCUGCUCACCGGGGACACCCGCGGCUCAACUCUUCUCAGCUGCAGAAGGGCUUUUUUUCUGCCCGAAAAUGCAACAGCAACAACAGCAACGUCGAAUGUUCACAGCUGCCCUUCUGGCACUUGUUUUCAUUCUGGCAGCUGUGGGUACCACUGAGGCUGGCAAAAAAGAGAAACCAGAGAAAAAGGUGAAGAAAUCUGACUGUGGGGAAUGGCAGUGGAGUGUCUGUGUGCCCACCAAUGGUGACUGUGGCCUGGGGACACGUGAGGGCACCCGCACUGGAGCUGAGUGCAAGCAAACCACCAAGACUCAGAAGUGCAAGAUUCCUUGCAACUGGAAGAAGCAAUUUGGAGCGGAGUGCAAAUACCAGUUCCAGGCCUGGGGAGAAUGUGACUUGAAUACUGCCUUGAAGACUCGAACUGGGAACCUAAAGAGGGCUCUCCAUAAUGCUGACUGCCAGAAGACUGUUACAAUCUCGAAGCCCUGUGGGAAGCUUACCAAACCUAAACCUCAAGAAUCCAAGAAGAAGAAAAAGGAAGGCAAAAAACAAGAGAAGAUGCUGGAUUAAUGGAGCUAGCUUGGGCAAUGUGAGAAAGGGACAUCAGCAAACUGAUCAGUUAACAGUUUCAUUUAUAUCUAGGCAUUUUACCCUAAAAUUAUUUAUAGCUUAAUGGUAUCAUAGAAGGAAACAAACACAGAAAAAAAAUAUCCUUUUUUUAUUACUUUAGUAUUUUUAAUGUAUAACCCUAACAACAAUUUUUAGAGGCCUGUAAUAAAGGACUCCAAACUCAUUUAGAAAAUUACGUCUAUUGUAUAUCAAACAAUAUAGAAAUUUCAAAAGUAUCUUUUUCUCAAGUCUUGCCAUAGGUCUCAAUCUGGUCAUUACUCCAUGCAUGCAGAAUAUGAACCUCUGUGGAGCUCCGCUGAAGCCAGUGGUGCCCUGUGUGGACGCAGUCUGGCUGGCUGCAAUUCUAUUUAAGAUUGGGAUCUUGUAUCUAAAAAACCCAGGCUUGUUUCUUAAGUUCUUAUUACAUCUGGAUAACUGUAUGAAUUUAUUUGUCUAAAGAAAGGAUGGGGGCAUUUUUAUUAUUUUUUAAUAUUUACAGGCAAAGCUUUUUUUUUCUUGGCUGUGUGGUGAAUUGCAAAGCACCACCAUCACCAGGUAAAAAAACAGUAGCGCAUCUAUCCUUGGCCAUAUUUUAGAUACUGGCAGUAAAAAUCCUGAAACUUUUCAAUAGCUGGACAUAGAAAAGUCCUAAUUUUUCACUUUUUUUUUUUUUUUUUCCUAGAAAUGAUUUUCCAAGUGGAAUAACAGCAAAAUUGUCAAUUUUAAAGCCUGUCAGUGCUGGUGGAUGGUAACGUCCUGUAUUUUCCAUAUAGAAGCUGAAAAAAAGCUGUCUUUUGUUUGUGGUUUUUGUCAGAAGGGAGAAUAUCCUUUUCAGAAAAAUCUAGUUGAAAUUCUUGUGAUUCUGCCUGACCCAACUGCUUUCUGUAUCAGUGGGAAUCUUCCUGUUGAAUUUAAUUAUAGCUGGUUGAAAAAUACUAUGUCUGGUAGGAAGUAACAGCAGAACGCUGUUUGGAAACUGGGGCUUGAAACCAAUAGGAAUGAAAUAAUUUUUUUGUUGCUGUUGGUAAAGCAGAAGGGAAAUACAAACCCAGUACCUUUUACUUUCUUCCAUUUGUAU